CUUACUGACGACUAGCUGGACUGGAAAUUCUCGGUAUUGACACAUAGUAAUACACUUAUGACAUUCUGAUUCUAGAGGUACUGUCCCCUUUACCUAAGGGUAUCGUUCACGGUCAACAGUGUAAGGUAGGUAGUUAGUGCGUUUCGGCUGUACCUGCUGCUUUAGGACUCGUUCAAACCAGAUGAUGGAUAGGUAUGUUCGAUCGCGUUGAUAUAACCCUCACCAUCCUCACUCAAACUUCAUGGAACUGGAUUAAACUUCAAUAUAUCUUGCAAAUUUCCGAACAUUAAUGCGAUCUCACAUCUCCAAAAUGGCAACCAAGACACCAACCCGCAACCUCUCCCGCUAUUUCAUGCCCGCCGAACACAGCACGCAGUCCAGCACGCUGUUGGCCUACCCAACCGCACCUUCUCUCUAUCCACACCAAGUUCAAGGCGCGCGAUCUGAGAUCCUGAGUAUCGCGAACGCAAUCUCAAAAUUCGAGCCUGUCACAAUAUUCGUACAUCCUGAAGAUGCGAAAGAGUUGAAGGCCAACCUGCAAAACCAUGUGAUGGAAGCUCGCGAGAAUGUGUCAGUCAAAGAAGUCGAACUCGAAAGUCUCUGGAUCCGCGAUUCAGGACCAGUCUUUGUGCUCGACAAAGAGAAACAGGUCCGAGGAGUAGAUUUCGGGUUCAAUUAUUGGGGUCGGAAACUGCCCCUCGCAUCAGACAUGGGCCUAGCGAAGCGUGUAUUGAGCACCUCCAGUAUCGAGAGAAUCGACGCGGGGAUCAUAGCUGAGGGCGGUGGGAUUGAAGUCGAUGGCGAAGGAACCUUAUUCGCUUGCGAGAGCUCGAUUGUGAAUAAGAAUCGCAAUCCGGGGAUGAGUAAAGAUGUUGUUGAGGAGAAGCUGAAACAGGUGUUGGGUGUGGAGAAAGUCGUUUGGCUGAAAGGUGUAAAAGGGGAGGAUAUCACGGACUGUCAUGUUGAUGCUCUCGCCAGGUUUGUAGAGCCAGGAACAGUGGUGCUGAGUCGGCCGUAUGGUAGGGAACGUGGUGUCUGGAUGGAUGUGUUUGAGGAUGCGAAGAGAGUUUUGAAGAGGGAAACGGAUGCGAGAGGGAGAAAAUUCAAGGUCGUGGAAAUUGAGGAGCCGGAUUGGGAUCUGGUUGAGCAAGAACCGGAAUGUUCUGGGCCUGGUGAGCAAUUCGCCAGUGUCUAUUCGUAUGUCAACUAUUUGUUGGUGAAUGGAGGAGUUAUUGCACCGAAGUUUGGGGACGACAAAAGAGAUCAGGUAUGCAGAAAAGUUUUGGAGGAGUUGUUUCCGGAGCGGAAAGUUGUGCAAGUUCAUAUCAAUAUGCUGCCGAGGGCUGGAGGAGGCAUACAUUGUGCGAGUCAGCAGGUGCCUGCUGGAAAAGAAGCUGAGUAGAAUAGAGAGAAAAUUGAUGAUGGAUUCUAGGCAAUGGUUUUGGGUGCGCUCAUCGUACUAGACGGUACCAUCUUCUACAUGUUACAUUUUGAGCUAGUCAUGUAACUCUGUAGCUGUUAUCUUGCUUGAAUAGCACUUUUGGCAAGUUUACAGUCGCCCUCUGGUACCUCAGCUAUCCAUUGCUCACUGUGGUAAGUUUGACUGGACAGGAGUCCACAUCCCUUCUUCCAGUUCAUGGCAAC